AUUAAUAUGUGAUUAUAGUGUACGAGAUCACGUGUUGCUUAUCUUGCCACCCACCCAGCUAGUGCUGCCAUCUGCCUGGUGGUGUUUACAGAUAUCACGGGGUAAUCACUCCCGUGCCUUAUCGAGUCGCUGUGGUGUACUGUUCAGUGUAUGGUAAUACUUUCAGAAGACUCGGCGAGCCCAGAGAAACAAGGGUGGGCCAUCGAAUAACAAGUAGGAGUGGUUGUCCAUCCCAGUGCUGCCAAGCCAAAUCACUUCCGUGAAGCAUGAAUUGUGGCCUUCAUCAGAAUGUCAGAUAAGUGUUGUAAAUUCAAUCGUGACAGAGUGAACAACUUUCUUGAAGUGGGCAGACAGGAUGUGUUGUUCAGUAUAUUUACCUGGGGGACACCUAAUAAAUCUGAUGCAACACCUCUAGAUCAAUACUUGAAACAAUUGCCACCAAGCUCGACAGCAAAUUUUCCAAAGCUUUCCUGUAAGCAGAGGAGCUUCAGUAAUAUAGAACUCCAUCAAAUUCAAAGCGACAGUACUUGUGCCACUUUCGAUAUUUCCUUCCUCUAUAAGGCUAUUAAGCUAGCGUGUGAAAACGUGGGAGACUACAAUGAUGAGAGUGUUUGGAAGACUCCUAGUAAUAUUAUGGAAUAUUACAUCACCGCCAUUAAAGAUGAGCGCAAUAACUCUAUGCAUGGUAUGCGAGACAUUACCACCCAAGAAUUUCUGAACACGGCCGCCAAACUGAGGACGCUCUUCCACGAGGCUCUCAGAACUGCAAAGAUGAGGUACAAAAUAUCCGAUGCAGAGCUUAACGGCAAAAUCAAGAACAUAAACGAUAAACUUGAUAAAGCAAUGCUUGAAGUUCUUGGGGAGGAGGAUCUUUUGUCUUUCUACAUUGCCCAGUUAAGACAAGACCUCAUACAGGAGACCAAUAAAGUACUGAGGAAACACUUUUUGAAUUCCCUCAAUAUUGAUCCGAUGUCUUUCUUAACCGACACUAAACUAAAACUUCAUGUAGAAAAAGUGUUCACGGAGAUAAUAGUGACUCGAGCAUCCACAGGUGUAAGACGAUAUCUGAGGUACGAAAAUCUUAUCAAAGACGCCCGGUCUGGGCCUGAAUCAUCUCAGCCACAGAUACUGCUCGUGGAGGGCAUAGCAGGAAGCGGAAAGACUACAUUUGUCACAUUGGUGACUGGUGAGUGGUUGAAAGACAGCAAAGAUCGCAUAGUUACUGGCCUGGACUACUAUGAUCUUCUGCUGCGUAUCCAGUGUCGGGAGAGGAAAAUCACUUCUCUGAACUGCCUUCUUAAGAACGAGGUGCCGGAUGUGUUCCUGAAAUUCCGCACUCUCAUUCUGCCUCUUAUCAAGAAUUGCAAAAUUUUAAUUCUUGUAGAUGGACUCGAUGAGUCAAAUGAAGAUUCAGAGAAACUCAUUGAUGACAUCCUAACUCAGAUGAAAACUGUAAAGGGAUGCACUCUAAUGUUUACAUCUAGGCCUGAAGGUGUUACUAGCUUCAAAAAUAAAAUCCCUCUGGAUUAUCAAGUGUCAUACGUAAAACUUAUUGGUAUUCCUGAAGCAUGCCGUGUGGCCUUCGUUCGUCGAUAUCAUGAGGAAAUCAAACACCAAAUCGGUGACACUCAGAACACUGAAAAACUAGUGGAAAAUGUCCAGCAAGUGUUAGAGAAAGAACAUUUCAGACUUCCCUUAAAUAUGGUGUUUCUCACUUGGGUUUACAUCUACGAUCCCUGUGCCAUCACCACCACUACCACCCAGACACAGCUUUACCACAACACUUAUCAGCUGUGUCUGCAAAAACUAUUAAAUAGACUUGCUUGUAACACGAUUACACGCAAUUCUGACCGACAAACUCUUGAAACCGACCUAAAACAACCGAUGGGAGCAAUCCAAAAGGAAUCCCUUUUGGCACUGUGGCGCUCUCGGGUGACCUUCGACCAUGAGGCUGAAGUUCGUAUUCGCAAUUCUUGCUUAAAGCAGAAUAUUCCGCCGAACGAGUUACUUUCGGCCUUUCUCACUCUGAAGGCCAACAGAACACAUCUAGGAACAAUUAUACAGUAUUCCGCACCUCAUAAGGGGUUGCAAGAAUUUUACGCAGCGAUGCACAUUGCCACUCAUCCCAAAUUAAAAACAUCCUCAGCCAGCAUCAGAAGUGUCUUACAAGAAACCCUUGGAAAAUUAGAUGAAAACCUGGGACGAAUACAAAACGUGUUGUACCAUGUUGCUGGGAUGCUCCACCUCCCACCAAAUACAGUGUCUGAGACAAUAACAAACGAGGUGUUGGAUAUGCUGUUUGACUCCGGCAUGAAUGUAAGGGAAAAAUGGCUAGAUCUUGUGGAAGAUACUAGAGGUAAUAUUGCUGUACUGCAUCGAGUAGCUCCUUACUUUGUUGCUAGUAUUCCUGAAAGGUACAUGAUUGAGCAAUUAGAGGAAAAGUUAGUGGGACAGAAGGAGAAGGAAGAACAGAAGCGGCAAGAAGAAGAGAGGAAAAAGAAAGAGGAGGAAGAAGAAAGGGAAGAGGAGAUGAGAAAAAAAGAGUUGGAAGAGAAGACUGGGAAUAAGAAGAUGGAAGUAAAAGAAGAGCAUAUAAAUGUGAACAAGAAGAAGGAGGAGCAGGAAAAGGAAAUGAAGGAGAGGAAAGAGGAGAAAGGGAAGAAAAAGGAAAACAUAGAAGAAAUGGAAAUGAAAGAAGACAAUUAUUAUGUAAAAGAAGAUGGGAUGAAAAAGAAAACAAUGGAGGAAAGUUACAGUGACAAAGACGGCAACAUUCUUCCAGUGCUGAUAGGUGACAUUCGUCUUGAGAGACUUAUUGCCCUACUGCCCCUCUUGCCACCCUGUGACGUAUGUAUAGAAUUCGAAAAAGACCCUGGACUCCACAUGGAAAGCUUGCUAAGCGCCAUCAGCCGUCAUACGUGUAUCUCGGUGACAGUGAUGUCUCACUUCAAGGAACCAGAUCCUGCUGUCAACUCCGACUAUCUCAUGAGACAGGUGUUACCGAGAUGUCAGCUGGAAGGAUUCAUUGGUAACCUAACUGAUAACAGCAUAAGACUACUUCCUCCUAGCCUACAAACCCUGUCCUUGGCUGUUACAGGGGAUGACCACAUAGCUGGUAUCCUGAGUGCUCUACACUUUCACAAACUGCCUUCUCUGCUGGAUUUUCGUAUCCAUGUUCCAGUGGCCAAAGUGACGUCCUCAUCCCUAAACCCUGUGUUAGUCGGCGGUGAAGAUAAGACUAUCAAAAUAUUUCUCUUUCUUUCUGGCGUCAACGACCAGCUGAUCGAGGAAGCGUGUCGUGUGGUUAAGGCUCUGCAGUGCCGCACAGGGUACGAGGCAAUAAUAUUUCCGCGAGCUUCAGCGUCGUGCGGAGGAUGGAGAAAGCUGCUGGAAAGUUUGGCUGAGAAAGGCGUCAGAGUGAAUGGUAGUGUGUUCGUGACGGGUAACAAUGAAACUGAAGAAAUAUGUGAAGAUGAUCAACUGAACAUUCUCGCUACAGCCAGGCUUGGCUGUGAAUUUGGAAGAGCAGAUGAUCAAAACCUUUGGCUUUUUUGAAGGAGACUUACCUGUCAAUGUGAAUCUGUUCCUGAAUUGACUUACCAGAUGACUCUUCAUUUAAAAUAUCAGUAUAAUGUCUUCAUAUUUUUGUACUAAAAUUGCACAUUACUAGAUUUUCAAACUAUGCAGUGUGUCCUGUAAGUGUCGUCGAGCGUAAACGCAAUCAUAAGUAUGAGAAGUCAGGCGGAGCUAGACGCAUCGCGAUGUUCAGCCGCUUAGCGUGGGGUUUGAUGGGAAGCGUUUUUUUGGAACGGGAGGGAUUUCGGCGCGGAACACGGACACUUGAGGCGUUGUUUUAGAGGUUUGGAUUGUGUGGCUUUGUUUGCAUAGCAUAGGGUUGCCAUACGUCCGGAUUUUCCCGGACAUAUCCGGAAAUCAGAUAACGAAAUCUGCGUCCGGGAGGAUUUUUGAAAAUCCCUCAAAUGUCCGGAAUUUCAUCUUCCAUCAUUACUAACUGUUAAAAAAUCACAUUUAUUAAAUUUCCUUGGGUUGAAAUGAUGGGAGAGAGAGAGAGAAAGGGGUUCACCGAGUGGCAGCUGCUUUGGUUUGGUUUCGGUCAAGACUCUGACGUGUAUGGGUCCUGUAUGAAGUCGGUGCUCGCAGCCUUCCCAACGCCGCCUCACUUGACGUCGCGCUCGCGCCCCAGUCUUUCACCAGCUCUGGUAGGGAUCAGUUUGGAUUACUGUUUGCGGCCUUGUGACCUCGUCAUUACAACUAUUACUUGUUCUUGUCAAGAUGCCCAAACGAAAGUGUAAAUUCACUGCAGAGAUGCAGAACAAACUCCCGUGCUUCAAAAGAGGCAGGGAUGAGUGGGAAGCCGAGUGUUUGGUGUGUAAACUAGGAACAUUUGUCUCACUGGCACAUAGAGGCAUUAAUGACUUACAGUCACAUGUGAGCUCUGAGAAACAUAAGAGAGCAGUGCAAGAAGAGGGUUCAUCAAUGAAGAUGACACAUUAUUUUGUUAAACCAGGAAGUGAAACUGAAGAUAUUAAUGCUGCAGAAGGUGCUUAUGCAUUUCACACUGUCAAACAUCACGGUAGUUUCUUAUCCAUAGAUUGUUCAUCUGUUUUGCUGAAAAAAAAACUUUUCUUGAUUCUGAAGUGGCAAAGUUUUCUAGUGCUCAAACAAAGACAGCAGCUAUUAUAAAAGCUGUGCUUGCACCUCAUUCUGUUGAUGUUGCCUUAAAAAGCCUAAAAGAAAAUGAAGUAGUAUACUGUGGAAUUGCUACAGAUGGUAGUAAUCACGAUGCAUUAAAGCUGUUUCCUGUAAUUAUUCAGUACUUUGACUGGAAGAAUGGUGGUUUGCAGUCAAAACUGAUUGAGUUUAAGAACACCCCAAAUGAGACUGCAGACACUAUUGCCAAAUAUGCGAAAGAAACCCUAGAUAAACAUGGGCUUACUAAAAAAGUGUGUGGCAUUUACAGGUGACAACUGCAAUACAAUGUUUGGAGGACUCAAGCGUAACGAAGAAGGGAAUAAUGUGUUUGCACAUCUGAAGAUGUUGGAAAAGUCAUUGAUUGGAGUAGGUUGCCCAGCACAUAUUCUGAAUAACUGUGUUCAUCAUGGAGCAGAAAGAAUGGAGAUCGAUAUUGAAAAUAUUAUCAAUAAGAUUUAUCAGUAUUUUCAUAUCUACACAGUUCGCUCUGAAAAACUAAAGGAGUAUUUUGAAUUUGCUGAGGUUGAGUACAGGAAACUUCUCUCUCAUGGUAAGAGUCGUUGGCUGUCACUAUUUCCUGGCAUCACAAGGCUGAUAGAGAUGUUUCCUGCUCUUAAGUCCUUCUUUUCUUUCACAAGAGCAACCACCAACAGUAAUAAAAAAAUUCUUUGAAAAUGAAAUGAGUGAGAUUUACCUCUGGCACAUGCACUCUAUAAUGGCUGUAUUUCACACACACAUUCAAACAAUUGAAAAGGAAAGUAACUCUGUUGUAGAAGUGCUGACAAAUUUGGAGUCUGUGUGUAAAGUACUUGCAGAAAGAAAGAACCAGCAUUUCAUGUCUAAAAGUUAAAGGACUAAUUGCUCAGAAGCGCACAGAAGGAAAAGAAGAAGAGUGUAACAGGUUCUGUGUUGAAGUAGUUAACCUGUACAACAGAUGCUCGGAGUACUUAGCUAAGUGGAUGAAACCACUGGAACAGUUCUCUUGUUUCAAGUGGAUGGUCUUGAGUGAAAUGCCAAACUGGACUGAUGUGGAACCUUGUGUUGUAUACUUGAUAGACAAGGGAAUAGAGCUUGAUGAUGUAAAGUGCUUUGACCAAGUCUGUAACUUGAGGCAGUUUGUAGAAAGGAACAAGAUUGAUGAAGACUUCAGUAAAUUACCAGCACAUAAAAAAUGGACCAGAUACUUUGAAGCAUCAAAGAAUAUUGAAUGCCACUCAGAACUGCUCAGAAUUGCACAUUUUUUUUUUUUUUUUUUUUUUGCUGUAACAUCCCACAAUGCUAAUGUGGAGCGAGUCUUUUCGCUGAUGCAAAGUCAGUGGACGAAGGAAAGGAACAAGCUGAGUGUUGAUACAAUGAAAGGUAUUCUGACUGUACAGUACAAGUACCGAGAGACCUCUUGCGUUGACUUCUUCAACUUUUUAAAGUCCAACAAGGAACUACUUAAAAAUAUAAGAUCUACAGAAAAAUAUGCAUCGGCACAUCAAGUAACACACGCAGUGGUUGAAGAAGAGUUAGAAGACAGCAACUAAGCUAAGUGGAAAAACGGAAUUCAAGAUUAUCAGCCAUAUAUAUGCAAAGGUAAAUAAGUUGAGUUUCUUUUAAUUAAUUUACAUGUUUUCCAGUAUCAUAUCAGGACCAUAAUCAAGUGUUAGUGAAGGUGUCCGGAAUUUUGAUAGUUCAUAUAUGGCAACCCUAGCAUAGCAGGUAUGUGAUAGUUAGUGUAUUUCAGUGUGAAGAUAUUGUUGGUCAAAGUGUUGGAUGUUAAUGAAAUGUAGGGGGCGGGAGAGAGGAUGAUUAGAGUGCACCAUGGGUGUACUGCAGGAAUUUCACGGUGAUGCUUAAGGACCGUAGCCGCAGCCGUCUUCACCAGUGUGGUGAUGCUUAAGGACCGUAGCCGCAGCCGUCUUCACCAGUGUGUGCCUGUCUACUGGAGGAGUGGUGUAGUGUGUGGCCAAUAUAUAUAUAUAUAUAUAUAUAUAUAUAUAUAUAUAUAUAUAUAUAUAUAUAUAUA